GGCUUCACCGAUCUACAUGGUUGGAAAUGUUGGAUUUGGGGAUAGCAUUGAGCAUGCAGAGGAUAAUCUAGUUGCGAAUGUAACUUAUGAUAAUCAUGACGAGAAACAAUCAUGGUGCAUGGACUCCUCUGAGCAGCAUUAUGAGGCUAAUAGUGUUAAUGCUCCCUUAGUUGAUGAAAGUGAAAGGAUUGUAUUUGCUUCAUCUGCAGCAGUUUCUGACACCUCAGCUGGUUUUAGUACAUUGUUUGAAACUUCUAAACUAUCAGAAGCCUGUGAAGGACAGACUUAUGGUGAGGUUACGAUAGAUACUGACAAAGUGACAGGGCAUAAGAUAGUAAAUACAGCUGGUCAGGAUCACUCAACUUCAAUCCUAGAAAAGCUGUUUGGUAAUGCUUUAACAGCCAAUGAUGUUCGUUCGCCUAGCUUAAUGGAGCAUCAUGAGCAUGAUAUUAAAGCAGAUGAUUCAUGCAGCUCUGUACCCUUCCAAUCAUCAAAAUUUUCACCUUGGUUUCUUGAGGAAGAAAAGAAGCCAGUAGAUGAUUCUUCUUGUGGCAAACCUAGGGAUUUACUUUCUCUGAUUGUAAGUAGUGAUAGAAGUGGAUCUCAGGUGUCUGGAGCGUCUGAUGAGAAAGCCACGGACAUCCCACCGAUAUUUCCUUUUGAAAGCAAUGAACUUCCGAACCGGUUUAUGGGUUCAACUGCUACUUCUGCACCAGUUGAAAUCUCUGAAUCAGUGUACAAUCAUAACAAGUCAGGCACCACUCCAGGAGUGCUUACAUGCGAAGACCUUGAGCAGUCUCUUCUACAGGAGAUAAACAAAAACAGUUCAAGUCCUCAGCAUUCUGUGCAACUCUGUAGUGUGACACAGGCAAAAGCUGAACAGCCAAAAGCUGAUGUUGAUGAUCUUGCAUCUCACCAUCUCCUUUCCUUGUUACAGAAAGGAACAAGCAGUAAAGAUCCACCUCCAUUGUUUAAUCUUGAUGUUGUGGCGCCAGACAAAGCUAAUCUCUAUGGGGUGGGAAAUCUUAGCCCUGUGGUUCAAAGAUCAAGUGAGAGAAAUUCUGGAAACAUUCAGAAUUCUGAAAAGAUUCUUACUCUUGAAAAUUUAUUUGGGACAGCCUUCAUGAAGGAACUGCACUCAGUGGAAGCACCAGUAUCAGUAAAUAGAGGAUCAGCUGUUGGCGAGUUUGGAUCCAACAAAAUCAGUCAUGCGGGCAACCAUUUGGCAUCAAAAGUAAAAUCUGAGAAGAUUGAGAGGCAUUGGUCGGGCUUUGAUGAUCCCCAAACUGAAGUAGGGUCAGUGUUUGGUGGUGCUGUUGGCUUCAAAGAUAGAGCUGAUGGGACUAUGGAAAUUAAACUACCUGAAGAGGACAACUUGAUCACUGUAGCUGAUUCAGUAAACCCCCCAAACUCCACAUUUAUGCCUGGUUUGAAAUCAACUAAAGAUGAGUUGUUGUCUCCCUCAAACACACCAGUUGGCAUUGCUGAAAAAAUGGCAGCUUUGAAUGCUACCUUUAAAAAUGAAAGGUCUGCAAUGCCACAUUUUGAAGGUCCACCAUUUCUUCGUGGUCCUUAUGAUCCAGCGGAACCUGAGUUUCCAUAUCAUAAUCUUCUUGGUCAACCAUCUUCUCCACAGUUCCAUCACUCUCCAAUGAAUCAUGGAAGACCUUUAUCCCAUUCAUUAGAAGCUCAUCAUUCUCAUAUGAAUUCUCAGAUCAAAUUCAUGGGUCCAGAGAAUAUCAUCCAUCACGAUCCAUCACCACACCAUUUUCCUACAACCAUGUCUCGCCAGCCUCCUUUUCAACAUGUAUCCGCUGCUCCAACAAGAUUUGAUCCUCCUCAUCAUUCGAUGUUGCAGCAGAUGCACAUGCCAAACAGUUUUCCACCGCCUCACUUUAUUCAGGGACUUCCUAGAGGUUCACCACCGCGUCCUCAUGCCUUCAAUCAAAUGGCUGGUUACAUUCCUGAGAUGAAUCCAAUGCAAGCUUUUCCUCUGAAUCAUCGACAACCAAACUAUAAUGACCUGGGGGUUCCAAUGGCAGCUCCUGGUUUUGGUGGUGGAGAUAUCAAUCAUCAAGAAGCAUUGGAACGGCUAAUCGAGAUGGAACGGAGAGCAAACUCGAAACAGUUGCAUCCUGUUGCUCCUUCAGGCCAUAGGAUGGGCAUGUACGGUCAUGAACCUGAGAUGGGCUUCAGAUACAGAUAGUAGAUCAAACAUUGUGGGAGUGGUGCAAGUUCAUCUCCUUGAAGAGAUGGGUUUCAAGUUUCUUUCUCCCAAGGUUUGUCUGGUUUGUGUAUUAUAAGAAUUCCAUUUGCCAUUGGCAUCUGGUUGAGAUUUUGGGUUUACUCUUUCCUUAUUUUUGAAUUCUAAAAUGAAAAAAAAAAGAAGAAAGAAAACCCUUAAUAGAAGGAUUGAAGACUGAAGAGAAGAAAUAAAAACCCAAAAGAAAAAAUUAAAAUGAAAGAAUUUUUAGAAAUGAUUUGACCCGUUAUUGAAUGUAAGAAUGCAGCACGUGUGGAUGCCAUAGAAUUAUGGAGUUCAGAGAGUUGUGCACGCUGAUAUAUCUGCUUUUGUAGCCUUAACAUUUUUUAUUUUUUAUUUAUUUAUUUAAUUUUUAA